CCGCUGUCCCCCAGCCCGCUGUCCCCGCACCAGGAGCCCCUCACGGCCCGGUGCCCGUGCUCAGUCCCCGCUCAGCUGCGCUCGCCCAAGGGCAUCGCGGCGGAGGCGCGCCCCGGAGCAUCCCCGCAGCCCGGAGCAUCCCCGCAGCCCGGGGCCGGUGACCUUGGCCCGGAGGGUCUCCAGAGGCUCGGUCGUCUCCCAACCUCCAGGAGCUGAGGAUGGAUGUGAAGCGAGUGAAGGACUAUAUCUACUGGCUGUACUACCAGUACCUGCUGGUGACCUGCAGCUACGUGCUGGAGCCCUGGGAGCAGUCCAUGUUCCACACCAUCACGGUGACCGUGGUGGCCAUGGUGGUGUACACGGCCUACGUCUUCGUGCCCAUCCACGUCCGCCUGGCCCUCGAGUUCUUCUCCCAGAUUUUCGGGGCCCAGCCCGACGGCGCCGUGUCCGUGGUGAACUGAACCCGCCCCAGCAGCUCAUGUGGAAUGUUGUGUGUUUGUUCCAAAGCACUCUGGCACGUAGGAAAACACCGUUUUCUCUCACGACACACGGCUUUGCUUCAUUCCCAGAGCUCUGAGGUCCUGCCUGCACAGCCCCUCUUAAACCAACCCAGGCAGCACAUCACCUGCAAUGCCACAUUUGCCUGAUUUCAACCACUUUCAGCAGCCUAAUUUAACCACUCUGGCAUGUGCAGAACAGCAGAGACUGCGAUGGCUGAGGGGUGCAACACUCAUCACACACAAAGUUCACAGUGCAGGGGAAAAACACCCCAUGGCUUCUCUGCCCAGGCUACAGAAUAUAAAGAAAUUAGUAUAUCCAGCAUGAUUUGAGUGCUAACACCUGGCUGGUUAUUGACUUCUAAUUUUUAAUGGAUGGGAGAGAAAAUUCGAAGAGAAAGAAACAGGAGGAUGAACUUUAAUCCAACGUUUUUGCAUCUAAGUUGCUGCACCUGAGUUCAGAUGGUCUAAAAGAGAUUUUUUUUUUUUUUAAUACAGUGUGUAAUCUUGCAGUUUAGUGAAGGUGACAGAAAGAAGCAAACUCAGCUCUGUUUCAGUGCCCUCCUGCCUUAUUUGAUAAAACCCAAGACCUUUUCUUUCUGCUCCCACUCACCAAGGCAGCAAAGUGCAUGUCAGCACCAGGGGAAGAUGAUCGAGGAAUCAGCGUGGAAGUAAUAUUUUAAUACCUGCAGGGAAGUCUGAGGGCUUAAACAGAUCUCCUUUCUAAAGAAGAAAUUAGAUUUAUAAUCAUUGCCCGUGGGGAGUUUCUGGAACAAUGAAAGGUUGUUUGGUUUUCACACUACACCUCAAUCACAUGUAAAUCCUGAAUCAUAAAUUACAGCUGCACAUCUCUAACAGCUGAUGCUGCUGUUCUUAGAAGUGAGAGGUGCAAAAUGUAAAUAGCUUUCAAAUGAUGAUUGCACAGUUAUAGGAUGUGAAAAAAAAAACCUCUUAGCUUCUUUAUCAAGCUGUAGUGGGGUCCUGCACCUUAAAAGCACAAAUCUGUUUGCAAACGAAGACAUGUUGUGAAGGUUGACCAGAUCUGAACAUGUGUAUGCAGUUUUUUUCAGAUAAAAAUUAAAUUUUAUUCUUCUGAAA